AUGGCAGUAUCUGGGCGCGUGAUUCAGUGGGUGCUAACCGCUGACGUGGGCGCCGCGUCAGCUGCAGCGCGUCACGCGCCAUUUACUACUGUGCAAAUAAAGCUGUGUAUAGAAAUAAGUGGGAAUGAAUAUUGUAAACAUGAUAAUAAAAUAUGUUACGACGUGAGCAUACGAAAUCAUUUAGUCAAUAGCCGUCUGCUGAAUACUGAGUGGUGGUUGAAUAAACGGAAGGACGCCGGCAAAGAGGUCAAUGUUAUGUAUAGAUUAUUCUCUGAACUAAGCUAU